AUGUUUCCUCCGACAAGAGUACAAGUAGCCUCUCGAGCUGUCCUCAAGUUGUUCCACCUUAUUUUAGUGGCAUUUUGUCUGAGAUCCAGUAGACUUCCUCGAUGGAUCCUUUGGUUACGGUUCUUGUGUUGGAUGUGCUUCUUCAUUACGAUUUGGGCCCAUAGUAUAAUUUAUGGUCACAAGUAUGACUGCAAUAUGGACUGCCUUUUGCGUCAUAUGCUCACAUUUUUCCAGACUGUGUCACAUGCAAUUAUUGUGGUUUGCAAUUCCCUUCAGGGAUUCAGAGUCCUGCAAAACCAAAUGGAGGAGGUGAUUGUGUUUGAGACCUCGGAUCCUUGGGUGGCCUUCACUGUCAUGGCUAUGAUACUGCCCAUUUGUGGAGUUGAGUACUUGGUGUGUUCAAAUGCACCAAAGAAUUCGUUUCGCGUCAGGAUGUAUCACUUGAAAACGUUACCAAGUCACCUGGCGCUGCAAAUGAAGAUUAUAUUCUUUAUCCUGGAGGUCAUGGAGGUGAACAUCAGGGUUCGCCAGGCCAAGCAUCAGCUGCAGAUCCUGGCCAGGGAGCUAUCCAGUCGUUGGCCCCAAUGCAAACAACGGCCGGAAUAUUUUGACCAGCAGACCUAUCGAAUUAAAGCCCUGAAACGGCGCUAUAACGAACUCUACUAUCUGUUUGAUCGGAUCAAUUGCUGUUUUGGAGGAAGUCUCCUCACCAUCAUCAUUGUUUUCUUUGCCCUCUUUGUGUGCAAUUCCUAUUGGCUCUUUGUGGAUGUGAGAACAAGACCCCUAAGGAUCUAUGCCGUUCUCCUCAAUUUGGGAUUUAUAUUUAAUGUGGCCCUGCAGAUGUCGGCUGCUUGCUGGCACUGUCAACAAAGCUAUAAUCUAGGUCGCCAGAUCGGUUGUCUCAUUUCAAAAUUGGUGAAGCCACAGGGCAGCAAGCGGUACAAUGAUUUGGUGAGCGAAUUUUCUCUACAGACAUUGCAUCAACGAUUUGAAGUCACCGCCAAGGAUUUCUUCAGUCUCAAUCUGCAUCUGCUCAGUAGCAUGUUUGCAGCAGUGGUCACUUAUCUGGUCAUUCUCAUACAAUUCAUGUUUGCUGAGCGGAACUCCAAGGGUAAUUCAGGAUGA